AUGAGAUCGCUGCUCUUCUUCCUUCUCCUGGCUUGCUCCAUUGCCGCCGGUAUGCGCCACACCGCCACUCUUUUUCAGUCUGUCCAUUUCAGCCCAAAGCGAGUAUGAAGAGUUUGCCUCUUCCGAAGUCUCCUCCUCGUCAUCGUCGUCAUCGGAACAAGCCGUGGAUUCUGAAGAGGUGCUCAAUUCAAAUUAUAGGUUACGCCCGCGGAAGCCUAUAAUUUGGCACAUUAUAAUUAAUCUCCAGCAUCAUUUUGUUUGCAGAUUGUCGACGGAUCCGGCUCGGGGGAUGAAGAGCAAGUGGUUCCUUUGAAAAUUAACAUUUUGGGCAUCCUUCCUGGACCGGGAGACAUCAGAAAGAAGAGAGGAAUUAUGGAGGUGCUCGGCAGAAAGUGA